UCUCUCGAUUCCCAACCAUGGCAACUCCCCCCAAGAGGCCGCGCCACCGGACAUCAACAACCAGCACUGGAGCUCCGCCGCACUCCGUCAUGCAGAUGGAAGAGCCGGCGGACCUGGACUACAGCUUGCCCAUCCCAAAUCCACCAUUCUGGUUCACAAACCUUCUGUCCUUUCAGGCGGACAUCACCUACAAUUUCUUGGCCUCUCUCUUGUCCCCCUUCUUUCCUCCCCUCACCCUCGUUUCCCCCGACGAAACGAAGGAAGGGGCCGAGACGGUGGCGCCUUCUGCCUUGACUGGCGGCGGUGGCAUUCUGAGGAAGAUCGGGAUGGGGGUUCUGGGGUCAAUGUAUGUGUGCAUGGUGCUGGUGGUGGUGAUGGUCGUGGCGGCGGUGUUGGGUGUUGCGCUGGUGCAGUAUUGGGUGGAAGAGCCGGUGUUUGUGAGAGAGGAGUUGUAUUUCGAUUACACCGAGGUUCAUCCACAGGCUGUCUUCCGGUUUGGCGGCGCCGGUGGCAAGAAGAAGAUGGUACCAGUUGGGCACACCUUCGAUGUCUCUCUGAGUCUUGUGCUGCCUGAAUCUGAUUUCAACAGAGAAGUCGGUGUGUUUCAGCUGAGUGCGGAGCUGAUAUCAAGCAACGGCGAGGUAAUCCACAGAUCGAGCCGGCCCUGCAUGCUGCGCUUCCGGAGCCUCCCAAUCCGGCUCAGUCGGACGUUUCUCAUGGGCAUGCCUCUGAUACUCGGAAUCACGUCCGAGACGCAGAAGCUAACAGUUCAAAUACUCAACCACAAGGAAGGCUACCCCCGCACCGAAGCCGUCCGGAUCUCGGUGAUCCCCCGAGCGGGGACCUUCUCCGCACCGCAGGUCUACGAAGCCGAGAUCGCCAUGAACUCUCAGCUCCCAUGGACCAAAGAGCUGGUUCGCAGAUGGAAAUGGACGUUCUGCGUCUGGGCGUCUCUGUACAUAUACAUCACUCUUCUCAUCGUUCUGUUCUGCGGCUUUAAGCCGAUCGUCUUUCCGUUCUCCGCCGGUGAGCGGGAGCCGGAUUGGAGAGAGUUGGAGCAGCGGAGGAAGAGGGGGAGAGAGGAGGCGAGGGAGUAUUCGGAGGAGCUGAGAAAAUGGCAGCGGAGCCGAAGCAAGAGGAAGGCGAUGAUAUUGCGCAGGGCUUUGCCGCCAGAUGAUGAUGCCGGCUCCUCGGCUUCGAGCUUUACCGUGAGCAAGGAAGAAACGAUCGUCGGCGCGGGAGAAGAUGCCGGCGAUUCGGAAUUGGUCAGGUUCGAAGGUGCACUGUAGAUAUUGGCAAAGGCUGGAUUGUGCCUCACCUUCUUUUAUCUUAUCUUCUCCGAAAAUAAAAUAAA